UGAGGCUUGGACAAACAGUGCUUUCACUGCUGCGCACGCAUUGCUGUUCUCAUAUCCUUCUGCUCUCUGGGCAGGCUAUCUGUACUGUUGAUGACAACUUUUAUAGGGCUGUUACACUUUUAAAGAGGGGAUGUUGGUGUGGAUCCUGUUUCUGCUCUGCCAGGUGGGGGCACCUGCCCUGGCACAAGACCUCUGCCAGCCCGAUGAUCCAAAUGGCUACAAAGUGCGCAUCAGCAUCAAAACUGCUUUGGGAGAGGAUGCUUAUGAAUGGAAUGAGAGUGAAAUGUUCUUUUUCCGAGCUACUAUGGCCUUUGCCAUGAGGAGGCACUUCCAAAUGGAAACAUACAAUGUCGACAACAUUAUCCUGUGUGUUCAGACUUCGAGGGUGUCCUUCUGGUUUGUGGUGACAUCACCAGACAACGCCACCAUGCUUAUUCCUAAGGCAGAUGUGGAGAAAGCUGUGAGGAUGUCAAGGCAUCGCAUCAACAAUGCCUUCCUCCUGUCAGAUAGGACCCUGGAGUUUCUGGGCAUCCACCCCACGCUGGCAGCGCCAGUCAACCCUGACACCCCUCCCUGGCUCAUCGUGUUUGGAGUGGUCAUAGGGGCUGUGUGUGCUGGAAUCAUCACCCUGCUCGUAUCCUCUCUGCUUCAAAAGAGACAGAAAGAGAAAGGGAUGACGGAGGAUGGGCAGGAUGAAGAGGACAGGCAGGUGAAAGGAGUGGAGAAUGGCAUCAACCUGGAUGGCACCUACAACAGAGGAUUCACAGAUGAUGAUCGCUUCACAAAGCUGUAAAGGCUUUUCCGGUACAAUGCUGCCAAGUAAGCACUCCAAAGAGACUUUUAUGCACGUGUCUACAGUUUAAAACUGCAGCAGCUAUGAGAUUUUGUAAAACAGACUCUAUCCACUAGUUAAAUAAGUGAAAAGAACAGUAAGACACUUCCCACUGGGCACAGACGUCAGUUCAACUAAGGUGAAUUCAAUGUGAAAUCAACAAAAAAUAUCACC